GUGCGGGGGAGAAGAAACGGUGGGGAAAGGAAAACGGAGGAGAAAUGUUGACGGUACUCGAGGUCAGAGAUGAACGUCGAGAACCUCUUCUCCACCAUUCUUCACCUCCCCUUCCGCACGGGGAGCUGACUGACGAAAACGAAGCAGAGAUCAUCUCUUCCUCACCAUCCGGCGCAUCAGAGGGAACGGAAUCCUCUCAAAGGAUCAAAUCAACGCCACUUAUCUCUCGAUGUAUUUCGAGGCCUCACCGUCGCGAAUUUACCAGCAAUUUUCCUGCUAUGGCUUUGAUGAUUUUGGUUAAUGAUACUGGUGGAGCUUUUCCAUCUAUCAAUCACUCUCCGUGGUUCGGUGUGACAAUAGCAGAUUUUGUAAUGCCAUUUUUUCUUUUUGGUGUUGGUGUCUCUAUUAGUCUUGUGCUCAAGAAAGCUUCUAGCAAACUGAUGGCAACGAAGAAAGUUGUACUGAGGGCAAUCAAACUCUUUCUAUCGGGCUUGUUGCUACAAGGUGGGCAUUUCCAUGGCUGUAACAACUUAACAUAUGCAGUUGAUGUGGACCAAAUACAGUGGCUAGGUGUACUACAGGUUUAUAAGCUGGUUUUAACCAUUCAAGCUGUGCUUUACGAUCUACAAAGGAUAUCAAUUGGAUAUCUACUGACUUCAGUAUCAGAAAUCCGGCUUGUUAACAAUAUCAUGGUUGACUCUGCAGCAGCACUUGUGAGGAAAUACUAUGUUCAUUGGAUUUUCGCUCUCCUACUAUUAACAUUUUACAUGUGCUUGCUGUAUGGUCUUUAUGUUCCAAACUGGGAAUUUCAAUCUCCGAGUAUGAAUGUGUCAGUUUAUGGAUCUGAUACUCAAAUUACUGAUAGUCUUAUCAUGUGUUCGGUGUGCUGUGGAGUCAGGGGGAGUCCUGAACCUCCUUGCAAUGCAGUUGGUUAGAUUGAUCGUUAUUUCCUAUUGGUGAGCAACAUCUAUAUCAGCGUCCCGUGUACAGAAGGACAAAGGUAUUUUCUUUGUCUCCUCUAUUCCCUUAUAGGUCUGCAGUGGCUUUCUCGAACAGAUCAUGUUAAUCACAAAGGGAUAUUCACCUUUUUGUGACCACAGGAAUGCAGUGUUAAUUCUCCUGACUAUGGUGCCCUACCAUUAGAUUC